AUGAAAACUUUACUAUCUCGUGAAUGCAUUCGAAUUUUCGCGCUCAUGACGCAGCUCAGUGGCGAAUGGCGAAUUUAUGUUUACUCAUUGAUCACCCAUUCAGUAUCGUCUGUGAUAAGCUAGUGGAAGUAAGUGUUUUUUUAAAAAUGGAUAGAAUAAUCAAAGGGAUAAUGAAGUACAGACAGUGCCAUAGGGACGGAAUGGUGAAGCAAUUUCAAAUGGUUCGAGAUCAUCCCGAGCCUAAGGCAGUGUUCUUUACAUGCAUGGACUCUCGGAUGAUCCCUACUAGAUUUACAGAAACCAAUGUCGGGGAUAUGUUCGUGGUCCGAAAUGCUGGAAAUGUUGUCCCUCACUCUCAACACUUUUCUGAUGAAUUGACCAUGUGCGAACCAGCGGCUCUGGAACUGGGAUGCGUCGUUAAUGAUAUUCGUCAUGUAAUUGUUUGCGGUCACAGUGAUUGCAAAGCUAUGAAUUUACUGUAUGCCCUGCGGGAUGAAGAGUUCGCCUCCAAAGCGAAUAGGAGGAUUUCUCCGCUGAGGGCCUGGCUAUGUGCCCAUGCCAGCAGCAGUUUAUCCAAGUUCCAACAGCUCGAAAUCACUGGGUUCCACCAGCCCAUCAUAUUUCAAGCAGAAACACCGAUGCGAAAGUUCGUUGCUUACAUCGACCCUGAAGAUAAAUUCGCCAUCGAAGACAAACUUUCCCAGAUAAAUACGUUACAACAGCUGCAGAAUGUUGCGUCUUACGGAUUUUUGAAGAAACGAUUGGAACGACACGAUCUUCACAUUCACGCACUUUGGUUUGAUAUUUACACCGGUGAUAUUUAUUACUUCAGUCGAGGUAAUAAACGUUUUGUUGAGAUUAACGAACAGACAGAGGGACCGCUGUUGAAGGAAAUCAAAAGAUAUUACUCGUAAUUAAUCGGGGAUUAACGUCGAAAAUGUGUUCAAAUUGUGGUGCAGAGACUUUGAUUAAUUUACUUUAUUGUUGUUUUGUAUUUUCAUAGCGCACAUUAUGUACAAGACCUCCUGGUGAGAAUCUCAAUGUUUUCCCUGAAUUCAGUAGCUCAGUUGUUGUUUAAUAUCGAUUGAUCUUAAAAACUAUUAAUUUUCUAUUGUCUAUUGUAAUUUCGAGAUCAAUGGAUAAUUGUGGUACUCGUUAUUGAAGUGGAAUUCACGAAUACUUUAUAUUUAUAUUUAUACAAAAACGAUAAACAGAAUU